AUGUCAUCUUCAUCCCAAACACGACGGCGACGGGCAGGGAGUUUCGUCCCCUCUCUGCCAACGACACACGAAAUGCCCCCUUCACAAGUUCGUCCCUCCCAGCGGACAUCGUUGCUAGCAGCUAAUUACGAUCCCAUCGAUGCCCUUCACCAAUAUCUUAGCGUUUCGAGAGUUGCUGUCGCGUCCGGCGUCCCCCCUUUUCCUAACACCGUCAAUAUGCCCAUAGUGUGCAACGGACAUCUACCGACCCACGCGCUCGCGUUGUACGAGACCAGCAGCGAUAGGCCCUCCCAGUGUUACAUACUCCCGAUCGAUUCGCGUCUAUAUUCAAGGGGUUUCUACACCGACAUAUUAUCGCAGGCCUCCGCGGGAUCCAUCCCGCCUUCCCGCUCUUCCGAUGGGACGAUUACCCUCCCUCUUGUACCGUACCCAGUACCUCAUUUGCCCUCCGCUGCUCUCCUACUCCUCUUUGGUAUGGGUCUCGAGACGCAGAUCAAUACCAUGGCGUGGCGAUUACUACCUCCCCAUGUCAUCGAAGAAUUCCCGAACGCCGCUGCUAUGUCACAAAUGAUGGUACGCUUGGGUGAAGAGGAGUUCUUCAGCUAUCUCGCGUACAAUCAAGGGAUUUGGAAGAAUGUCUUGGCCCUGGGUCCGCAGGAUAAACAGUUGGCGGAAAUGGUCAAGACGGUCUGGAACGUCACUGCGGACGCUCACCGUAAACGUCAGCGUAGUCAACGGUGA